GCGGUGUUGUUGUGGGGUCGAGCGCGGCUCCCUGCAUGUGGAAAGUGAGGCGAGUCAGGGAGCCCGGCGGCACCGGCGAGCAACCGGCGGCACGGUCCUGAGUACCCGGGCUAAGCGGCGGCCGCCCGCCAUGGAUUGCAGCCUCCUCCGGACCCUCGUCAGCCGAUACUGUGCUGGAGAAGAGAAUUGGGUGGACAGUCGGACUAUUUAUGUUGGGCAUCGUGAACCACCUCCAGGCACUGAAGCAUACAUUCCACAGAGAUUUCCAGAUAACCGAAUAGUCUCAUCAAAGUACACGUUUUGGAACUUUGUACCGAAAAAUUUGUUUGAGCAAUUCAGAAGAAUAGCUAACUUCUAUUUUCUGAUCAUUUUCCUUGUUCAGUUAAUUAUUGAUACACCUACUAGUCCAGUUACAAGUGGACUUCCACUUUUAUUUGUCAUCACCGUAACAGCUAUCAAACAGGGUUAUGAAGAUUGGCUUCGACAUAAAGCUGACAAUGCAAUGAACCAAUGCCCUGUUCAUUUCAUUCAACAUGGUAAACUGGUUAGAAAGCAAAGCCGAAAAUUAAGAGUUGGAGAUAUUGUAAUGGUAAAAGAAGAUGAAACAUUCCCAUGUGACUUAAUAUUUCUAUCAAGUAGUAGAGGAGAUGGAACAUGUUUUGUUACAACAGCUAGUUUGGAUGGUGAAUCCAGUCAUAAAACUUACUAUGCUGUUCAAGAUACAAAGGCAUUUCACAAUGAACAAGAAAUUGAUGCACUGCAUGCUACCAUUGAAUGUGAACAACCUCAGCCUGACCUUUAUAAAUUUGUUGGUCGAAUAAAUGUUUACCAUGAUAGGAAUGAGCCUACUGCAAGGCCAUUAGGAUCCGAAAAUCUGCUUCUUAGAGGAGCCACUUUAAAGAAUACAGAAAAAAUCUUUGGUGUUGCUAUCUACACUGGCAUGGAGACUAAGAUGGCAUUAAAUUACCAGGCAAAAUCACAGAAGCGAUCUGCUGUAGAAAAAUCAAUGAAUGUAUUCCUUAUUGUAUACCUCUGUAUUCUCAUCAGUAAAGCACUAAUAAAUACUGUCCUGAAGUAUGUCUGGCAGAGUGAACCAUUUCGUGAUGAGCCGUGGUAUAAUCAGAAAACAGAGCCAGAAAGGAAAAGAAAUCUGUUUCUUCGAGCUUUUACAGACUUCCUUGCAUUCAUGGUUCUUUUCAACUACAUUAUUCCUGUAUCCAUGUAUGUCACUGUGGAAAUGCAAAAAUUUCUUGGUUCUUAUUUCCUUACAUGGGAUGAGGAAAUGUUUGAUGAGGACACGGGUGAAGGACCACUGGUGAAUACUUCUGACCUCAAUGAAGAGUUGGGACAGAUUGAGUAUGUCUUCACAGAUAAAACAGGAACGUUAACUGAGAACAACAUGGAAUUCGUAGAAUGUUGCAUUGAAGGGCAUGUUUAUGUACCACAUGUUAUCUGCAAUGGCCAAAUUCUCCACGACUGUACGGGCAUUGAUAUGAUUGAUUCUUCUCCUGGAGGAAGUGGAAAGGAGAGAGAGGAACUAUUUUUCCGAGCUCUUUGUCUUUGCCACACUGUUCAGGUAAAAGAUGAUGACAGUGUAGAUGGAUUGAAGAAAAACCAGCUCUCAAGAAGAUCUUGUAUAUAUAUUUCAUCAUCACCUGAUGAAGUUGCUUUAGUUGAGGGAAUACAGAGACUUGGUUACACCUAUCUAAGGCUGAAGGACAAUUUUAUGGAGAUCUUAAAUCGGGAAAAUAACUUAGAGAAGUUUGAAUUAUUAGAGGUUUUGAGUUUUGAUUCUGUGAGACGGCGAAUGAGUGUAAUUGUUAAAUCUUCAACAGGUGAUAUAUUUCUGUUUUGUAAGGGAGCAGAUUCUUCCAUAUUUCCUAGAGUCAAAGAAGGCAAAAUUGACCAAAUACGAUCCAGAGUUGAACGCAACGCAGUGGAGGGACUGCGAACGUUGUGUGUUGCAUAUAAAAAGCUCACAGCAGAAGAAUAUAGCAAUGCGCAGAAGCUGCUUCAGAACGCAAAGUUGGCCCUCCAGGACCGGGAAAAGAAACUGGCAGAAGUGUAUGAGAAGAUAGAAAGAGAUUUUAUUUUACUUGGUGCUACAGCUGUUGAAGAUCGACUACAAGAAAAGGCUGCUGACACUAUUGAAGCACUCCAGAAAGCUGGAAUUAAAGUUUGGGUUCUGACGGGAGACAAAAUGGAGACUGCUGCAGCUACUUGCUAUGCUUGCAAACUCUUCCGGAGAAAUACACAAAUACUUGAGCUAACCACAAAGAAAAUUGAGGAACAGAGUUUACACGAUGUGCUUUUUGACCUAAGCAAAACUGUCCUAAGACACAAUGGCAGCUUAACCAGGGAUACUUUCUCAGGACUUUCAACUGAUAUGCAAGAUUAUGGUUUAAUUAUUGAUGGAGCAGCAUUAUCAUUAAUAAUGAAACCAAGACAAGAUGGGAGCUCUGCUAACUACAGAGAGCUCUUUCUUGAAAUUUGCAGGAACUGCAGUGCAGUGUUAUGCUGUCGAAUGGCACCUCUGCAAAAAGCACAGAUUGUAAAAUUGAUUAAGUUAUCAAAGGAGCAUCCUAUCACAUUAGCAAUUGGUGAUGGAGCAAAUGAUGUCAGUAUGAUUCUAGAAGCACAUGUUGGUAUAGGAAUCAUUGGCAAAGAAGGUCGUCAAGCAGCAAGAAACAGUGACUAUGCAAUACCUAAAUUUAAACAUUUGAAAAAAAUGUUGCUUGUUCAUGGGCAUUUUUAUUAUGUUAGGAUAUCUGAACUUGUGCAAUACUUCUUUUAUAAGAAUGUCUGCUUCAUUUUUCCUCAGUUUUUAUAUCAGUUCUUCUGUGGGUUUUCACAACAGACUUUAUACGAUACUGCGUAUCUAACACUGUACAAUAUCAGCUUCACUUCCCUUCCUAUCCUCUUGUACGGUCUAAUGGAACAACAUGUCAGUGCAGACACACUCAAGAGAGAGCCUUCCCUAUACAGAGAUGUUGCCAAGAAUGCUUUGCUGCGCUGGCGUGCAUUUAUUUAUUGGACAUUCCUAGGAGUGUUUGAUGCUGUGGUAUUUUUCUUUGGUGCCUAUUUCUUGUUUGACAACACAGUUGUGACCAGCAAUGGACAGAUGUUUGGAAACUGGACCUUUGGAACACUGGUGUUCACUGUGCUUGUAUUCACAGUUACAUUGAAGCUUGCACUAGAUACACACUAUUGGACGUGGAUAAAUCACUUCAUGAUCUGGGGGUCACUGGUAUUCUACAUUAUCUUUUCUCUGCUCUGGGGAGGAAUUAUUUGGCCUUUUCUCAAUUAUCAGAGGAUGUAUUAUGUGUUCAUGCAAAUGCUGUCUAGUGGUCCUGCAUGGCUGGGUAUAAUUCUGCUCAUAACUGUCAGCCUUCUUCCAGAUGUUCUCAAGAAGGUCUUAUGCAGACAGUUGUGGCCUACAGCAACAGAAAGAAUCCAGAAUGCAUCGAGGCACUGUCGGGAGCACAUCUCGGAAUUCACACCUCUUGCCUGUCUGAAAAGCCCAAGAUACAGGAGCAGUGACUGCAGCAAUUCCCCAGCAAGAAGGUCUAAUUCUCAUUCUAAAAAAAUGAUGUUUACGCACUGGAGAGGCGUUGAUUAUUCAGUACUUCCAUCUGUCUUUGGCUAUUCCAAUAAGCAUUGCCGUUCCAGUGCAGGCUACCGCUACAGUGGGUCAGGUUUGGAAACGUCUGUAUGACAGAACACCAAGUCAAGCCUUUAAAAACUGUGGUUUUGUUUAUUUCUUUUUUUCAGGAAACAAACAUGUCACAGAAAUAUAUUAAACUAUAUGUGGCUUUUGCUGUCUGAGGUAGUGUUCAGACAAACAGGAUCAAGAGCUAGAAGUAUGAACCCUUCCAGGCCAGUAGGCCUCUUUUUAUGUUUUGAACUACUGGAGCAAUGAACAAUCUGCACAGUCUGGUACUGUGAGACUGGUAGCACUAAAAAUUCUCUUCAUCCUGUGUCAAGACUUUUGUGCAUUUACUGCUUCUGUCAUCUUUAGUCAUUUUCUUUGUUACUUGAAGUGCAUAGUUUCAGUCAGUGACCUACAUUUUGAGGAUCGACAGUUUUAAUUUUCAGCCAGAAGCAAUGACCUCAGUUCUCUCCAAUGAAAGUCUCCUAAAGUGUAUUUAACAAGUGCUGUUUCUGAUUUUCCUCUGUCCUUUCUCUUUCUUUGCUCUUUCUGUAGAACAAACUGGUGUUUCCUCUGUGCAAAUCUGCUUUCAAGAAACACUCUCUAAUGUUCACUUCCUUGUAAGUGGCCAAAUCAGGGCUAUGUCUGGUUUUCAGUUAGUUUCCCCAGUAGAAAGAUAGGCAAAGCAAUCCUUGUGUGAAGUAUGUGCACACUGUAUGAAGUCAAGUUGGCUGUUAAACAGGUAAAUGUCGUCAAGGUUGAUAUCUGCUCCAAAACUGAAUGUAAGCUUUUUGCCUAAAAGGUUUCUGUGAAUUUGUCAAAGAUGCAGAGUACCUGGUCUUCCCACUUCCUAUCCCUGUGAUCGUAAAAUAGGCAUAGCAGAAAGUAUUAUAUAUUAAGGGUUUUUUUUGACACAUUUUUUUCCUUAGAAGAAGAAAGGCUGUUUUUCCAAAGAAGCGUCUUUUACUAUCUGGAUUCAUCCUCUUAAUUUUGCUAUUUUUUUGUGUGUAUGGCUAAAUACUGGCUCAUCGGCUUGGUAGAUGUAUUACAAAGCACACAACCGUUAACUUUUGCAAGCAAACCACGAGGUGGCACACGGCUGCUCACCAACAGUUGAACCGUAGUCAUGAUAAACUAGUUUGACUGCGAGGAUUCUGUCUGAGUGACUUGAAGAACGACAGCCAACUUGCACUUCUGUUUUCUCUGCUACGUUUAUGGUACCUUGCACUAAUUCAACUAUUAGCUGUGUCCUUGUCUUGUUUCUUUAGUCCAGUGUUUUAUUUUGGGGUGCAAAAAUAUCUGAAGGAGGAAUCUGAUUUCAGUCAGGUUCGGCCUGGUGGUUAGAACUGGUUAAUAACCAUAGUCAUUAAAUACCUCUGGGAGG